CCGUUAUCAUGGUGGACGAAAAUAUAAGAAAAUGGCAAAAUAAGUAAAUUUGAGUGAAAAAAACAAGAAAAUAUCAAACUAAGAAAACUUUAAUCCUUGCAUUACUGGCUGGUUGAUGCAAAAUCAAGCUGAUAUGGAAGAGAAUCAAGAAGUUGUUUUAACUGCUCGUCGAACUGAGUCUAUUGAUGCUCCUGCGAUAGAAAAAUUGAUCACCAGCGCCACAUUUGAACUGUUUGGACGAGUUGAUAUCGUACGCGUAAUUGAGAAGGCGAACCUAGCCGUUAGUUUAGUGAGUUCAGAAGACGAGGUUGUUGCUAGUGGCGCAUUUUUCGAUUAUCCAAAUCUUUCCGUGGACCAGGCAAAAUGGGAGAAAUUAUUUCAAGAAAGUUUCGAGUCUGUCAAGGCGACUCCUUUAAACUCAUUGUUCCUGAACUUUUUCACAUCAAAACCUGACUAUGUACAGGGUUGUGCCUCAGAGAUUUUAAGGACAGUGUUUAAUACUGCACCCUACAUUGAAUAUAUUUUCCUUGUUAUUCCACCAAGUGCUCAAAAAGACCAACCAUUAGAGAAGUUGUUCAAUGUUGUCAAAUGUAAUGAAAAUUUCAACAAGGAGGAACUCAAUGGCACUGUUUAUGUCUGCCAUAGAUUUGAACAUUCGCCAAAGCUGCAUAUGAGAGCAGCAACUGUUGAGGAUCAUGAUGACCUCAUUCCUAUAUUUGAUGAACAAAGUGAAACUUUAAUCAAUUCAUAUGGGGAUUUCUUUCUCAAUGAUCUCAUUGAAGCUGAAGAUGAUGAGAACAAGUGUCUAGUGGCAGACGUGAAUGGAACAGCUGUUGGUUUUAUGAGUAUAAGCACAAAUGUCAAUGUGCAAUUGUUGAGUGAAUAUUUUGACCUCUCUCCUUUCAAUGAUCUCAGAAAGCAAUCAUCCCUGGCAUCUGGUGACAGUAAUUCAAGCCAAGAGAAAGCCAGUGUGUUUUGCGUUGAACUUUUCUGUAUUGAUGAAAAAUACGAAGCCAGGUCGAUGGAUUUUCUUCCUGCUGCGUUUAAACUUUUCCCGGAUAAAGAUUACUGUGUCAUCACGAUGCCGCACAUCGUUAACGAGUUUCCGUUGGUUCACGAAUUUACGAGGGUCACACCUAAAGUUGAUGCAACGAUUUCUCACGAACUCUACGUAUUUCAUCGCUGGGGUCUUCUUCGGACCAUCAGCGUCAGGCCAGCAGUGUCUGACGAUCUCACUGGGAUAGAAAACAUUGUUAAAGAUGUUUCAGGUUCUGAUUACAUACUGAGGGACAUUGUACAGUACAACACAGCUCGCCGAGACAAGGAUGGCCAGAAACUUCAGGUCUUCGUUGCAGAAUGUACGAAUCAAGUCAUUGGCGUGGCUGUGUUACGUCAAGAAGAGGACAUUGAAUUCAUUCGCGCUCAUUAUGCUGUGGAGGAUUUUAUUUAUUAUAAUUACCAUCAACGAGAAGAACACUCUCAUCUCUAUCACUUCACUCUCAACCCGAUCUUUCGUCAUUAUACCAGGCAUUUCCUAAAGGAAGUGCUUCGGUUAUCUCACACGUCGUGUCUGUAUUACGCCUUGUAUCCAAAAAAUGUGAGACCCAGCCUGUCGGGCACGAAGUUAUACUCCGUCAUCUCAUGUCUCAGUGAUCUCGUCCCUGUGAGAGGACGUCGUCAGAUUAUUUACCAACAAGACGUUCUUGGCAUCAAUGCUCCGUCUGAGAAAGUUUUGAAGAAAGAGGAGUACUAUGCUUUGUACCAUCUAAACAGAAAGUUAACGUUAGAACCAAAGGUGGUAAUAAACGCAAGAAUAGUUGUUGUUGGCGCCUCAGAUACUGGCAUUUCCUUCUUGGAAAGAUUCUGUUUCUGUCCACAUCUUCACUUCAAAAACAUUUCUCUCAUAUCACCACAAGGUCUUCCAACCGACGUGGGUAGCAAUGGCGAUGAGAUGAGACCAAGCAGUUGUUGUUAUACCCGAGAGAACCACGCUCAUAUGUCGCUUAAAACUUGGAUUAGCGUAGUUGAAGACAAGAUGGUGGGAAUUGAUAGGGUACACAAAGUGAUCAGUACGUUAGACGGACACCAAGUACCCUACACUUACCUUACGGUGUUGUGUUGUGGUGAGCAGUACCAGAUCGCCAUUCCGAGUGGCGCUGAUGUCAAUACUCUGGUGACAACAGCUGAGGUUCCUCGCAGUCGGGAUCAGGUGUAUCGCGGCACAUUGCCUGAUAAUGUCUUCACCAUUAACUCACAUCAAGAUGUUCAAACCAUAUUACAGUGGAUGGAAACCUCUUUCGCCCGCGAUGAAGGUAAAGCUGUCAUUUAUGGUGCGUCACUCUCAUCUCACACCUUCAUCCAAUGUGCUCUGACUUGUGGAAUACCUGGAACACGUCUCGUUAUGGUCCAACCACCAUUCAGUCUUCCGUCAUCUUUUAAUAAUCCCGAUAUUGAGAGAGUUGUGGAGACGUCGCUACAGGACGCAGGUGUCGUUUUAUACAAGAACUACACGCUUGCAAGAUGGAAUCAUCAGGAAGGAUCAAAUUUAUUGAAUAAUGCUUCGUUUACCUCCAGCAAUAAACCACUAAUGCUUGAAUGUCAGGCAUUUUUCUGCUUUCAAGAUGAAAAGGUUGAUUACGAAGCUUACAAAGCGAUCAACGACAGUUGUUUGGUGUAUGAUGGAAAACUCGUGGUGGACAAGGAAUUUCUGACAAAUGAUCCAGCAAUACGCGCUGCUGGUCCGCUUACAAAAUUCGCAAGACGUUAUCAUUCUGAGUCGUGGACUCAUGCAAAUUUUAACUCAAAAGAAGUUGGAAAAUUGCUUGCUGAGUCAAUGAUGCCUCUCUUCGAUCCAACUCUUCAGUCAUCGACAAUAACCAAGGAUAACGAAGCCAGUCUUGUUCCAGUUUUUAAAGAACCAAAGAUAUUUUCUGCAAUUUUGCCAGGAGGCUUUCAUUACCUUCAGGUUGGUAAACCGACGUUAAACAUUCACCUUGAUUCGCUAAUGGCUCAACCAGAUUAUGGUAAUGUCCUCACAACUGGUGCCCCUGGGGAUGAAGAAAAGGGAUAUUUCAGACUUCAUAUAAAUCAAUAUAACAGCAUUGAAACGAUAACGUGUCUGUGUAAACAAAAAAUCGAUGUUGGUAACCUUAUCUGCCUGUACGGCAUUCAUGAACGAUAUCUCAAUAAUUUGUGUCAACGUUAUAGCGAAGGUCUUAUUACAGAUUUUUAUAGUUACUUCAAGGAAAGUUGGUGUGUGGCAAUGUUCCAUGAUCGCUUCAAAGAUUUGCGAGCAGAAAUACGCGAGAUUCUUUCUAGUGUAAAGGGUCAUGAUUUGGAAACUAUGAAAGAUAAAGUCAAGAAACUAAUUGAUGAAGAUUUGGAGUUAUCGCCUGCAGAUCGCGACAGUCUGGCACGAAGUUACAUGAAAUCGCCAGCGAAAACGGAGAUUGAAAAAACAUUAUUGAACUUCAUCACUUACAACUCCGCUCACCUGCCAAUGUAUGCGAAACCAGAAAUGGUGUGAUGUGUUUACCUCAGUUCUAGAAAUCAAUAUUGUAAAUUGUGUACAAAUUAAGAACGAUGUAUUUUACGAGAAUUCCUAAGAUUUUGUCUGUCACGACAGUCACCGCAUAGGAAGACAUUGCGUAUGUGUUUAGACUUGAGUUGUCCGGGUUUGGUUUCCUCACAGACGCAGGAUGGAGAAACGGCGAGAAUGAUGA